AUGUCGCAUAUUGAACGCGAGCACCCCGAGUUCGUUCACUUCGACGCCUUGGACCCAGCUACCCAACAAAGUGUAAUCGCGUCGUCCACCCCCAAGCCAGUGCAAGCAGUCCAUGGCUGGCUGACAUGGAUUACGGCGUCUCUGAUGCCGUUUUCAUUCUGUGAGAACGACAUAGCCCGGCGUUUUACCACUCUGGGGACCAUCAGCGUGAAGCCACUCAUGAAAUGGAAGCAUGCCAUGUGUCGCUGGAUGGAAAGCAAGAUAUCCGAGACGCUACCCGAGUCGUUUGCAAUCGUCUAUGACGGAUGGACCAGCGGCUCGACUCACUACGUCGCUAUGUUCGCUACCUUUCCCAAUAAUUACCACCGAGGGUACGAGAAGGUUCUCUUGGCAAUGUCGCCAAUGAACGAAGAGGACUCGCUGAGCGCAGCGGCACAUGUUCAGUACCUUAACUUUGUUUUGGGCGUGUACGCCAAGGACCGCGGGAAUGUGGUGGCGUUGAUUGGUGACAACUGCUCGACAAACCGUGCCUUUGCUCGCACUGCCGAUGCCCCUAUGAUUGGCUGCGCGUCCCACCGCUUCAACUUGUUCGUUGGCGAUGUACUGGCGGAAUAG